AUGGCUUUCUGGAUGAACCGAGAGACUAGCAACCUCAUUCGCAUUCCCUAUCACCAGCCGAUGCGAGGAUACUCCAGGAUCCAGCACAUCUCUGGAAACAGUCGUCGCCCCAACUCGACCAAACCUUAUAGGACAGAGGAACUCCAAAGUCUAUAUGACCGGUGGCGGGAGCUGGAAGACUGGCAGAAACCUGUGCAGCACCCUCCAGGUGAUGACAUCAAAGACCAUCUUCAGCCUGAAGGACCAUCUCCAGGGAACAGCGACAGAUCUUCUGUUUCUAGCCAUUCAGGACCCGAGGACUCGGACCACGGAAAGAAGCCUCGUCGCCGCGGUCCUCUCUCAAAGACAAAGAGGGAGAAAACGGCCUUCAUGCGACGGCUUGGUGCUUGUCCACCCUGCCGUUCUCGAAAAGUUGCGUGCAAACAUUGGGAUCUACGUGAUUUCGAGGCUUCGUACCUGCAGUCGAAGAGGGGUUCGCAUUUGGCGAUGCUUGGGAGGAUACACCAUGAUUGCCUUGGCGAGAUAGGUGAUCUCGCGCGGAGCACCGACCUCUUGGGCCUAACCAACUCGGAUACGUUAGAUCCACCGGGUUCUCUGGUAGACCUCGAUCUUGCAGGGUUGCUGCCGUCUGUAUCAACAGAUACCCCCCUUGGCCCGACUCUCAUUCCGCUGACCCUGGAUAACUCAGCCCUGGAUGCUGAACCCAUUGGGAAACCUCAACUGAUGCGCAGCUUCUCCAUCGUGGCCAUUGGGAGGGACUUGGCUUGCACACCCACCAAGACAACCACAUGGCAAUGCCUGUUCUGGAAUGACCAACAUGCUGGGGCCAUGCCGGUCAUGGCGAAGCCCUGCACGCACAAGUUCACGACCCCGACAGAAUUAAUGGAUCACUUCUUCAAGAUACACCAUCCCGUGGAGCUCUACGACCCCCCAAUCUGGUGUGGAAAUGUGGAAGUCGAGAAACAGGAGCAGUGGAUCUAUGGGUAUGGAGUCUGCGCUUCGCCGUCACAGUCACCUCGGAGCAAACCUGUCUGA